CAAGCAUAGUGCGCCUGACGCAGUGAGAUACGGAUAGAAGACAGAGAGGCAGAGAACAGAACGGAACGGAAGAGUAGAGAAGAGAGAGCGCUGCAUGCGCGAGACAGUGUCGGUGGAACGACAGCUCAUCUCGCAGCUGCUGUCUGUCGGAUGCCGUGGUUGACACUGCACAGCCUUGAGACGUGAUGCUGGAUAUUCCCGUGGAGAUCCGCAACUGCUACUGCUGCUCUCCUCCUUGAAAGAGAGAGAGAGAGAGAGACAUAUAGAGGAGAGGAAAUAGAACGGGAAGGGAAGAGCGUGUCACAGAAGCGGCAGAAGGGGUUUUGGGUGAUAUCUGAGAUGAAUCGCUAACCGUACGGUCAGAUGUCUAACGGUUUCGCCGUUUUCCACACCAGGUUACUCCGCUCCAGAGCCCCAAGACAACAACAGGACGUCCCUGACCUUUAACCUAAAUUUCUGGCCAACCUAUGAACCACCAAUGAGGAGGCACGAGAGUAGACAGAGAUCCAAUCAGGGUUCCCGAAGACCAAACAUCAAAUGGUGAAAUAGCCAAUCAGAUGGGAGGAAAAGGACAGAGCCAUACUCAGCCGUCUCCCUGACGACAGUCCACAGGACCACAGACAAAUGUAGCUCCAGAGGUUGUCCUCGUCAUCCCUGACUCUCACACACUGUGGAAAACAUGAACAGAAAUGUAAAUGGAGGCUCAGAUUGAUCUCUCAAUGUAAAUGGAGGCUCAGAUUGAUCUGUCAAUGUAAAUGGAGGCUCAGAUUGAUCUCUCAAUGUAAAUGGAGGCUCAGAUUGAUCUCUCAAUGUAAAUGGAGGCUCAGAUUGAUCUCUUAAUGUAAAUGGAGGCUCAGAUUGAUCUGUCAAGUCAAGUGCAUAAAUAAAAGGUGUGGAGACUCUGUCCAAUGAGCUACGUCAAGGUACUUCCCUCUAACUCUUCUCUGUUCCUCUGGACCAAUCAAAGGAGGACCGUCCUUCCUCCGGACCAAUCAAAGGAGGACCAUCCUUCCUCCAGACCAAUCAGAGGAGGACCCAUCCUUCCUCCUGACCAAUCAGAGGACCAUCUCCCCCAAAAAACUAAUGGGUCCUCAAGUGAAAAAGAUGUUGUGUCCUUCCUACGGACUAACCUGAGAGAAAGACGAGUUCCUGUUAAAACCUUCCUUUUUUGUGUGUGGGACUAACCUGAGAGAAAGACGAGUUCCUUUUAAAACCUUCCUUUUUUUGUGUGUGGGACUAACCUCAGACAAAAACUAGGACUACUCUAAAACUACUCUCUCCUUCCAACCCAACCCUGCCUUCUACUGCCGGGUGGACCAACGACACAGUGGAGAGCUAACAUUGGUAAAGGCUGUAUAGCUCUGGAGAUCACAGGGCACAAGGUGCUCGUUGGAUAGGUUCAACGAGAAGAGGAGAAGACUUUAUUAAUCCAUGCCAGACGUGAAAUUGGACUGUAGUAACAAUCAUCAUUCUUUGCACUUCUCUUCCUCGCAGUGACGCUAACCUGGAUAAAUAAACAAAAUCAAUAAACAAAAACAACUAUAAUCAACAACAUGGACGUCAUCAUCGGAACGCCAACACAACCCCGAGAGGCGGGGUUUAACAACAGAGUGGGCGGGGUUACGGUGGCGUUGUCGGCGACCAGUUGGUUUGCCUUCCUCUAUGGCUUUGCCCUACUGUCAAUCAUCCAAUUUCCCACGGUGACGGGCGACUGUUGGCUGAUUGAGGGGGAGAAGGGCUUCGUGUGGUUGGCUAUCUGCAGCCAGAACCAGCCCCCAUAUGAAGCGAUUCCUGCCCACAUCAACAGCACCAUCGUGGACCUGAGGCUCAACGAGAAUAAGAUCAAGAGUAUCCAUUUCUCAUCGCUCAGCCGCUUUGGGAACCUGACGUACCUCAACCUCACCAAGAACGAGAUCUCGUACGUGGAGGAUGGAGCCUUCUCGGCCCAGUUCAACCUACAGGUGCUGCAGUUGGGGUUUAACCGUCUGAGGAACCUAACAGAGGGAAUCCUCAGAGGGCUGGGGAAGCUGCAAUACCUCUACCUACAGGCCAACCUGAUCGAGGCAGUCACCCCCAACACCUUUGAGGAGUGUCCUAACAUCGAGAACAUUGACCUCUCCAUGAACAGGAUCCAGGUGUUGGACGGAGGCUUGUUUACGGCGCUCGGUAGAUUAACGACGUGUGAACUCUACACUAACCCGUUCAACUGCUCCUGUGAGCUGUUGGGAUUUCUACGCUGGUUGGCAGUCUUCCCCAACAGGACCAACGAGAGGAUGGUGUGUGAUACUCCGGCCGGGUUUUCAGGCUACAGCCUCCUCAGUCAGAACCCCAGGAUGCCUGCGACACGCAACGCUCUGCACAUGCUCAAUAUGGUGUGUACCGAUGACGGGAGCAACUCUUUUCCGAACAUCAUUGUUCAGUCAGAGUUUACGACCCUCCCACCGUACUCUCCCUGCGGAUUGGACGACUGCCCUUCUGGAAUGUCCCCGGAGGACCCAAUCAGCAUCAGCCCCACCUACCCUGAUCUGAACAACAAGCCUAGUAUGAAGGUGAAACAGAUCUCCCACACCUCAGCAGUGAUCUCGGUCCAGAUCCCUCACCCCUUCAGUAAGAUGUACAUCCUGGUUCUCUACAACAACAGCUUCUUCACUGACAUAAAGAACCUGAAGAACCACAAGGAAGAGUUUGAACUGAACAACCUGAAAGCCCACACUGACUACACCUACUGCGUCGUGUCCAUAAGACACCAGCUUCGUUAUAACCACACCUGUCUGUCCAUCUCCACCGGGAGGAAGGCAGGUCUAGAGAGGACCUCCAACGACUCCUCUGCUACCCACUACAUCAUGACUAUACUGGGCAGUCUCUUCAGCAUGGUCCUCAUACUGGGUUUCGUGUUCCACUGCCUGAGGAAGAAGAGGCAGCGAGACGAGAAGAACAAGAAGAUUGGAAAGAUACAGAAGAGCCUGAUGGAGCUGAAAUACGGAGCUGACCUGGAGGGUGGUGGAGGAACAGGAGGAGGGGGGUCCAUCUCUCAGCUAUCCCAGAAACAGAUGCUCUCGGCUGGGGAGAGUCUCACGCGGAUGCCCUACCUUCCCCAGGGUGGGACCUGUGAGAUGGACCAGUACAAGCUACAGGAGGUCAUUGACACUCCAAAGGCAGCGAAAGGGAACUAUAUCGAAGUGCGAGGAACUGACCUGCCGGACCGGAGGGAGAGAGAGAGGGAACGAGAGCGGGAGAGAGAGAGGGAAAGAGAGAGGGAAUGUAGUCUCUCUCCACAAGACAACCCUCAGGGUUCAGUAGCAGAGAUCUCCACCAUCGCCUCAGAGGUGGACAAGGUUAACCAGAUCAUCAACAACUGUAUUGACGUCCUCAAGUCUGAGUCGACGUCGUUCCAGGGGGUCAAGUCAGGCUCUGUGUCGACCGCUGAACCCCAACUAGAGCUGAUCUCAGACCAGCCACAGAGACAGUCAGGGUUCCUGUCACCGCAGUAUAAAGGAGGUUACCACCACCCUCUCCAGAGACACCACAGUAUGGAAGCAGCAUCCAAACGACCUUCGACCUCCUCCAGCGGAUCCGUCCGCUCCCCGCGCCCCUCCCGCUCCGACGGGCCGCACCGGGGAACCUCUGACACCAAGUACAUGGAGAAGACCUCGCCGACCGGAACCAGCGGAGACACCGCCGGGACGCCCGCCGCUGCCAUCUUACGGGCAGAGGCCCAGAAGGUCCGACAGUACAAGGAGCAGCGCCACUCGUACCCGGGCCCCCAGCGCCCCCUCCCUGACUCUGAGGAGCUAGAGGAGCUGAGUAGCAGGAAACCCUCUUCCAUCCUGGAUCCCCUCACACUGGGGAGGCACCCCAGAGAGCUAGCCUACGCCCAGCUGUCCCCGCAGUACCACAACCUGAGCUACGAGUCCAGUCCUGAGUACUCCUGCACCCCGUCGCUCGGCAUCUGGGAGAGGUUCAAACUCCACCGGAAGAGACACAGAGACGAGGACUACGAGGAGGAAUACAUGGCGGCAGGACACGCACUGAGGAGGAGUUUGCAGGUCGCCAAGGACGAGGAUCUGCACGACAUACUGGACUAUUGGAAAGGUGUCUCGGCACAGCAGAAGUCGUGAAGGGGCUGGUGUCGUGUGCUGUGACGAGGCCCUGUCACUACUGAGUUGGGCAUGAAGGAGGACGGAGGUCGGAGGUCGUACGGCGACUAAGGGCUCUCUAUUCCACCUGGAAAGAUGAGGCGUUACAGAUUCCGCGAUUAGUUUCUGAUUGACGUCUCUGCUACAGCUGGAACAUCUACACACACACACACACACACACACACACACACACACACACAGACAGACACAGACACAGACACAGACACAGACACACACAGACACAC